CGAGGCAGCGGCGUGUGUGAGAACCACACAGUCUGAGUUGGCUUAAAGGAAGGCACUGCCUCAGUGGUUGCGAGAGAGCGAGGAGCGUAGUGUGUGUGUGUGUGUGUGUGUAUGUGUGUGUGUGUGUGAGCGAGAGGGGAAACAGAUACACACCACCACUUUACAGAGGGAGGAGAGAAGUGCAUGGAGGAAGAGAGAGGGAGAGAGAGAGAGAGAGAGAGAGAGAGAGGCAGCUCUCAACCAGGAGGAGUCCGACAGAAGCAGCAGCAGCAACAGCAACAACAACAACACCAACAAUCGUGUGUCGCCGCCGAGGUAAACUCUCUCCCUUUGCUCUGACAGCUCACUCCCUCCGCUGGGCUACUGUACAGCAUGGACUCGAAAGUAAAACUCUAAAGUGUGUGUGUGUGUGUGUGUGUGUGCGCUCAAGUGAGGCUCAACUGCGUUCAACGUUGCCGCCUAGAGAACUCUUAAGAUAAAAACUCCCGCCAGGUGACUUUGUUUUGUUGAACACGUUGAACCUGGUCAGUGUGCUUAGUGAUAAAACUUUUGCCAAAAAAGACUGAGUCACCGGCGGGUUCAAAGGGGUCAGACACCUCGGGGAGUGCACCGGCCGGGCUGUCAGGUGAAGAGGAAGCUGGACUGUGCGCUGGACUGCAGCGCUACUACGAGAACGGGGCGGCAUCGCUGGACCCUGAAACGAGCGGGCAGCUGUCAGUGACCUGCGAGGGGGACGUCCGUCCGUCACUCCGUCUGAGAGAGCGUUAGACAAGGUUGCUCCAGUGAACUGACCCCGGGAGAGACAUCGUCAGACACAGAGUGAAGCUGUGCCAGUGGACUUCUGGACUUUAGAUAAAUAGAUAAUAGCUAAUAAUAAAUAAAUAACGUGUCACAGUUUGGACCACCAAGGAAGUGACAGGCGGGCAUAAAACUCUGCCAGCAUUUUGGCAUUUCGUCUGGAGGCAUUGGCAGUGGCUUCUGACUGUACCUGGACUGGCACCUCUGUGUGUGUGUGUGUGUGUGUGGCUUGCGUAACUCUCCUCCUCUUGAGUAGGAAGUCACCAAUCUAAAGCUAGAGGGGAAGAGAACUGAAACGUGUGUUAAGGGAAGGUGUGUGUGUGUGUGUGUGUGUGUGUGUGCGAGUGUGUGUGUGUGUGUGUGUGUGUGUGUGUGUGUGUGUGUGUGUGUGUGUGUGUGUGUGUGUGUGUGUGUGUGUGUGUGUGUGUGUGUGAGGGUGUGGGCAGCGAUGCGUCGUGACCGGCUCCUGGUGGCCUCCACGCUGGCCUUCUUCCUGGCGGUGGACAUCUACUUCGUGCUGCUGCCCCGGCUGAGGGGCCGCUACCUCUCACCUGCGCACAGGUGCCCGUGCGGGGGGGCCCGCGGCGCUGCCAACUCCAGCGUCGGCGCCGGCGGCGGUGACGCGGGUCGCCGGCCGCCGUGGUCGGGCUACGGAGACGGGCCGGCGUGGGGCGGCGAGGAGGACGGGGACGGGGCAGCGGCGGCGAUGGAGGAGGAGGCGUUGGCGGGGGAGAUGAGCGGCUCCAGGCUGGACCGGCUGUUUGCUCACCCGCUGUACAACAUGAGGCUGCCCGAGCUCAGCGACGGAGAGGUGCUGCUGCAGCACGGCGAGCUCAUGGACUACUACAGGAGGAAGCUGGCACGCUGGGAGAGACAACAGAGACACUACAGCGACGCCGCGGCGGCGGCCAACCUGUCUGUGCCCCAGGUGCAGGCGACCUUUGACCCUGAGGCCAGCUGGCUGAAAUUCCACCUGGGGAUCAAUCGCUACGCGCUGUACACCCGAGACGACCCCGGGAUCGCUCGCCUGCUGCAGGACAUGCACAGCAGCGCCGUCAUCAGCGCAGAUUACACUCAGGACGAGAAAGCACUGAAGGGGGUCUGUGACUGCUCUCAAGUGGUGAAACCCAGCGGACAUCACCUGAAGCUGGCUCUGAAGUUCCAUGAUUUUGGCAAAUCCAUGUUCAAACCCAUGAGGCAAGAGAGAAACGACGAGACUCCUGAGGACGUCUUCUACUUUGUCGACUUCCAGAGACACAACGCAGAGAUCGCAGCCUUCCACCUGGACAGAGUACUGGACUUCCGAAGAGUGCCACCAGUGGUUGGGAGAUUUGUCAACGUCUCCGGGGAGAUUCUGCACGUCACUCGGAACGAGGAGCUCAGGAGUGUGUUCUUCACCUCUCCAGCAAACAACACCUGCUUCUUCGCCAAAUGCCUGUACGUGUGCAAGACGGAGUACGCCGUGUGCGGUCACCCGGACCUUCUGGAAGGUUCCAUGUCGGCUUACCUGCCCGGGCUGAGUAUCGCCCCCAGGAUCUCCAUCCCCAACCCCUGGAUCCGAUCCUACACCUUCAGCGGGAAAGAAGAAUGGGAGGUUAAUCCUUUCUACUGCGACACAAUACGGAGGCUCUAUCCCUACAACUCUGGAAACAGGCUGCUCAACAUCAUCGACAUGGCCAUAUUUGACUUCCUCACAGGGAACAUGGAUCGACAUCACUAUGAAAUCUUUACCAAAUUUGGGGAUGCUGGAUUUCUCCUUCACUUUGAUAAUGCCCGAGGGUUUGGCAGGCACUCCCAUGAUGAGCUGUCCAUCUUGGCUCCAUUGACUCAGUGCUGCACCAUCAAGCGGUCAACGCUGCUCCGCCUGCGUCUGCUGACCCGGCCGGACCUGCGGCUGAGCGAGGUGAUGCGCGAGUCCCUGGAGGGCGACGGGCUGCGUCCGGUUCUGACGGAGCCGCACCUGCUGGCGCUGGACCGGCGUCUGGAGAAGAUCCUGCGGGCCGUGCAGCGCUGCGUCCGCAAGCUGGGCGAGCGCCAGGUGGUGGUGGCCGACUUCGUGGAGGUGCCGGACGACCAACCGGACGUCGCCGCGACGCGAUCGCCGCCGCCGCCGCCUCCCCCCCAGCCUCACCUGCCCUCAGAGGCCCGGAGUAGGUGACCCCCGAUGAUGACGGGCCGACGGCGGACGAGGAGGAGACGGGACGGCGCCGGACGACGGAGAGAUGGAGAAGAAAGCGAAGAUGAAGACGUGAAGAUGACGAGGGUGAGAUGGAGCUGAGGAGGCUCGGUGAAGUCCAAGGGUGGAGGACUGACGGAGUUGAAAUGAUCGAUGGGAGUCGGGAGAGGAGAGAGAGAAGUGUCAAGUUAAUGCUAACAAAGGCUGUGGCACAGUUCUCCUCCAGGUCAAAGGUCAAGGUUCAGUUCAGGGGGGAUGCUCAUCUCACUGGAACAGCUCCAGUCUGGAUUGGGCAUUUCAGUGAAGGUUCAUCUGGCACUGGUAGAACUAGCAAUUAGCCCCAGCGUAUUAUCAGUGCAUACGAGUACUUAAUCCUCACAUACAGGUCAUUCAGACUGCCAGUUUAUUCAGCUCUCACCCUCAAAACCAGCAGCCAAGAACUCUUCUUUGGAAUAGAGCGACAGACAUCUGUUGGGUAGGAAGAGGAAGGGGAGAAAGAGACUAUAGACGUCAUGGUGGAGAUGGAGAUAUGUGAGAGACUACUGGAGUUCAUAUGGACAGAUGGAACUGCGAACUGGCAGUGAGAAUCUUGCUUACUUACUUAUUCACAUUGAGGAUUUCUAUCCAAAGGAACUUACAGUACGUCAAUACUUACAAGGACCGGUCUCUCCCCAGCCCAGAGCAACACGAGAUGCCUUGCUGAAGGACACAGCAGCAGCAGCAGCAGCAGCAGGGAAUUGAACCCUCACUCAGCUUGUCUGGCUCCUGCUGGCUAGCCCGGGGCUUUAUGCUAAUGCUAAUGCUAAUGCUAAUGCUCCCACUGUACCCUGCCUGCUUUGGUAGGCUACAUGGGCCUUGAUGGAGGAAGAGGGGGAGCAGGUCACAGUAGGCAGAACUUGUGAGGAGAGGAUACAGCAGGAGUGAAGAUAGCACACUGCUACACACAUUUGGAUGUAGAGAGAUGGUGGAGCUAUUUGUGUAAUGCAGAGCAGAAGACUCUGGUGAGAUUGCUGUAAUAGAUAGAUAGAUACUUUAUUGAUCCCCAAGGGGAAAUUCAAGGUCUCACCAGGGGAUCAAUAGAGUAUCUAUCUAUCUAUCUAUCUAUUACAGCAAUCUCACCAGAGUCUUCUGAAUGAAAUGAAUGAAAACAUCUGUAAUGAAAACACAGUGAGAAAAGAGAAAAGCUCUUUUUGUGUGACGCUGGUCAGUUCAGGAGGCAUGAAGGAGUGUGUGUGUGAAAGAGAGAGAGUUAAACAAGAGAGCACUGACCGCCUGCACACUGACUUCCGCACAUACACUCACGCAGCCACAACGUACGCGACUCUGCAAACACUCACACACACACACACACACACACACACACACACACACACACCACACACAUACACACUCUCUCUCUGGCCUUGUAAACCCAAGUGGCUAAAUGUGGCCUCUGACAAUUCUUGCACUCAUUUCAAAAUAAACGUUCAAAAAUGUCAUCUCUAAAACACGCACAAAAAAGAUACACUUGUGUCUAAAAAGAGAUGCAACUUGAGGAGAAAGUUGCCGGGCAGAAGGAGGGAGGGCAGGACUCUAAACAACUGACUUCAAUUACUCCUACUCCUGAAAUAGUGAAAUAUUUUUUUUAUUGUGG